AUGGUGUCCAAGAUCUCCAAGAGAACUCCAACAAAGUCCAUCAAAGACUGCCGUAGCAGCAGCCAGAAGCGCCGCCGCCACCGUCGUAAAUCCCCCGCUAAGAACGGCGCCGUUGCAGCCUCAUCCUCCGUCAUCGCAUCCAUCAACAAGUCUCUCUUAACCUGCCACCGCCGCCUCAUCCAGCUCUUCUCCAAGUUGGCCCGCAUCAGCACCCCGAACCGGUCCCACAAGGGCUACAAGAUCCUCACGAAAAUUCCCCAACCCGAAAACACUGUCUGCAAAUCGCUCGUGUUCGACAACGACAACCCAACGCACCUCCCACUAUUGUUAUCGCCGAAAAGGACGGUGUUUCUCGACCUGGACGAGACCCUCAUCCACUCCAAAACCGACCCAGCACCGGACCGGUUCGACUUCAUGGUGAGUCCCAGGAUCGACGGCGAAGUCGUGAACUUUUACGUACUGAAGCGCCCGGGCGUCGACGAACUACUGGCGGCGCUGGGGAAGAGAUUCGAGGUCGUUAUAUUCACGGCCGGGUUGAGAGAGUACGCGUCACUCGUGCUCGACCGACUCGACCAAGACGCAGUGAUCUCCCACCGGCUGUACCGGGAUUGGGAUUCGUGCAAGCAGGUGGACGGGAAGUUCGUAAAGGACUUAUUGGGGUUAGGGAGGGACCUGAGCCGGGUGGUGAUCGUGGACGACAACCCGAAUGCUUACGUGUUUCAGCCGGAGAAUGCGAUUCCGAUUCGACCCUUUACGGACGAUCUUGGGGACACGGAGUUGGGGAAGUUGACAGAGUUCUUUGAGGGCUCUGAUGUCUUUGAGGAUAUGAGGGAUGCUGUGAAGCAUUACGUGACGGCUAUUCAUACACUGUACUAUUUAAAUUUUGAUGGUAGAAAAUUUAUAUAAUUUCUUCUGAGUUUUAUUCUUUUUUUUGGGGGGGUGGUUUUUCCUUAAGAUAAAGAUAUAUUUAUCUUAAGUAUAAAUAAUUUUCUGUAUGAUUCAUUCACCUCUAUGUAAGUUGAAGAAGGCCCACUGAUUUACCUGUUCAUGUAGAAUGUGAGAUUGAGAUGAAAUGACAGUGAGUAUAUUUAACUUGCA